AAUUAUGAAAUUAAAUAUAUUAUUAUUAUGACUUCGGUAGUUGUCGAUAAUGUCAAAUAUGUCCGGACAGUUUUGAGAGGAACAAGGAAGGAAGGAAGAAAGCCCGAAGUCACGUAUAACUCGUGUUGAAAGUUAUUAUUACAAGUUAUUGCUUGGAAUACUAGUGAGAAGAGACCAAGACUUUGACCCACAUUUGUGAAUCGCUCCACUAACCUAUAUAAAUUCGUCCACUGACCUAUAUAAUAUGUUGGGUAAAAUUCCUCUUCUCAAUGCCAAGUAACGAGACGAACGCUAGGUGACGUACGCGCAUGCGCGUCGCGAUAUAUAUACGGUCUUGCCGGUAACGUGCCGCCAUUUUGAGUUCGGCGACUAGCUACUUGGACACGGGAUACGUAUCGUCCUCGUUUAUUACAGAUUUCCAAGAAUUCAAGUAAGGAUCGGAGAAGAACAGGAGAGAAUAAGAUGGAGAGAAGGUAUCAUCCGCGCUUUGUAAGCCAUUGUAGGAUACUAACGUCGUAUAAAUAAGGAAUCAACCUAAACCCAUAAAUAUCGACUUACCGAACAUGGACGAGCGUUUUCAUUAGAGAGUUAUCAGAGAGCUCCUAAAGUAAAUGAGGGUGGCACAACUAUUACUGUGGUGCGUACUACUCGAAGAUUAUGGUGGCAAUCUCGGCAGGGCGGCAAUUACCAGUGACUCCAUACGACAAGACGCCGCCUCCGCCUCUGCCCCCGCCUCUGCCCCCAUUUCUGCCUCAGCUUCUGCCUCUGCUGCUGCCGCCGCCUCUGCCGCCGCCGCCGCCGCCGUUUCUUCCUUCUCGUCCGCAACGAAUCCUACAUUACCAGAUGCCCCAAAUUUUUCAGAAGCGAUCGGUAACGUGACCGCAGCUAUCGGCAAAGAGGCUAUUCUAUCCUGCACAAUCCGGAAGUUGGGUAAUUACAAGGUAGGAUGGCUACGAGUAGAGGAUCAGACGAUAUUGUCGAUGGGUCAACGAACGGUGACCCAUUCAGCCCGUUUCCUAGUCACCAUGGAAAAGGCCAAGGCAAAGAAUCAGACCCAUUCGAGAGAGGACGAGGAGGCCACUUGGAGUCUCCAUAUUCGCCAACUCAGGAAGGCCGAUCGAGGUUGCUACAUGUGCCAAAUCAACGCUCAGCCCAUGUUGAGCCAGCUGGGAUGCGUCGACGUCCUAGUUCCCCCUGACAUAUUGAGUUCUGGUACAUCGGAGGGAGAGGUCUCGGUUUUAGAAGGAGAAAAUGCAACGCUUUCUUGCAAGGCAUCGGGUAGACCAGCCCCACGCGUACUUUGGAAAAGGGAGAAAAGUGAUUUCAUUCUUAUGAGAGGUCUUCACGAGGCUUUAAUUCAAGUGGACAGCCAGUCCGGCGAGAAGCUGGAAUUAACGAGGGUAGACAGGAGGCAAAUGGGAGCUUAUCUUUGCAUAGCCAGAAACGAAGUACCACCGACAGUCAGCAAAAGGGUCUACCUCAGAGUGAACUUCGCCCCAAUUGCAAAAGUGCGUAAUCAAUUAUUGGGUUCGCCAUUGGACACGGAUGUCUCAUUGAUCUGUUCAAUCGAAGCUUAUCCAAAGACGAUCAACCUGUGGACCCGGAAGGAACAAGUGAUCAUGAGCGGCGGAAGAUACGAGAUCGACGAACGUAGCCAACCGGAGGAAGAAUGGAAGACGACGAUCGAGCUCAAGAUAAAGCGUCUUCAGAAGACGGAUUUAGGAGAAUACACGUGUUCGGCAUCCUCUAGUAUGGGAAAAGCCGAAGCCACUAUCAGGGUAUAUGAGAUAGAACGUGCUACGUUACCAACGCGUGCGACCUCGCCAACCUGGAGAAAACAGAACAAAGGUGGUAAAUCAAAAAGCAUUCUUGGGGUCUCUACGGUCAAUCGAGUUUUCCACCAGCUGAGCACCCCGGCGAUGCAGAAGAGUACAUCCCGAUUGAUCUUCGGUAACAAAUACUCAACGACAUCGACUACCGUUGAUCCACGUGGCUCAUCAUCGAUCGUCGUAAAAGAGAAUAAUGGUUACACCGAUGAGAAAAAAAGCGGAUCUAAGAAGGAACCGAAGGUAGAAAAUGUCGCGAACAUCGGCAAUUUUAUCUUCAACAAACAAAUAUAUACGAUCUGCUUAACGUUUUUAUCGACCAUACGAUAAAAUCAGUUAUAUACGUUUCUCUUGAUUACUAUAUCCAUAAAUAUAUAUAUAUAUUAUAUAUAUAUAUAUCCAUACAACCAAUCUUCACCAGAAAUACCGCAACAACAAACCACCACCACCGCAACAGCCACCACCGCCAUUCGUUGGUCUCACUUUCAAUCAUAUUCUUCUAACACUCAGAACCACCCCUCACCUAACCCUCAUCCCUCUCACCCAACUCACAUCACCCUCAUACCCCUCAACCCCCCUUUUUUCUCUCUCAUCCUUUGCGAGGCUGUGUCUGGACCUCCCUCCCCCCCGUACGGUGUUAAUAAAAAGAUGAUAAGGUAUGUGGUAAUAAUGGAAAGAGUAAAGAGGACAUUAAGCCGUGUUAGGGUAUAAUUCUUUGUGAAUUUCAAACAAGUUCUAUCAGAUAUUGAACGCUUACGAAUGUAUUUUUUAUGAACCUUUUGUCCCCGUCUCCUCGCGAAUGAAGGAGAAAAAAAUAAAGAAGAGAAAAGAAAUCAAAAAAGAAAGAGAGAUAGAGAGAAAGAAAAA